AUGUAUUUCCGCAAAUUCUCCCUCGCUGUGAUUUCGACUGUCGUCGCCUCCGGGGCAUGGUAUGCUUAUCAAGGUGACGACGCUCAGUCACUCGCAACACAGGUUCGAGGAUUCGCGUCCAGCGCGAUCCUUUCCGCACACGCCGAAGAUCCUUCCGAGUCGACUCGCCGCGCUCUCCUAGUGAGUAACGAUCAAUUCUAUACCGCGACUCUCUCCGGAGAUCAGCCCCUACAAAAGACGACCGACGACUCUGACCGACGCGUUCUAAACAUGUUGACCCCGGAACAAGCUACGGAAAAGCUACGCAAGAAUGAGGAGUCUUAUUUAGUGAACCGAGGCAAGGGAGUUGUGCGAUACGAUAUUGUACAGGUUCCUAGCAACUCCCCUAUUGAGGACGACCAUGCCGAGAAGAUCGUCGAGGUGCCAUCCUCUGUCGCUGGCAGCACAAAUGGAGAGCCGAACAGUGAUUGGAUGUUCUGGGCAGUAUUUGAUGGCCACUCCGGUUGGACAACAUCCGCCAAGUUGCGAAAUGUGCUUAUUUCAUACGUUGCCCGUGAACUCAAUACCACUUACAAAGCCGCUGCAGCCAAUCCUUCGGUUCUUAGACCCUCAUCAGAGGCUGUUGACGCCGCUAUCAAGCAGGGUUUCAUCCGGCUUGAUGAUGACAUUGUGAACAAGAGCGUGGAUAAGGUCCUUAAAGAGAACUCGCGAAACGUGGCCGCCGAGAUGCUCGCCCCUGCACUAUCUGGCUCAUGUGCUCUCCUGAGCUUCUACGACUCACACUCCAAGGACCUCAAGGUCGCGGUUGCUGGUGACUCCCGCGCGGUUCUUGGUCGCCGAGGACCCACGGGAAAAUGGACUGCCACAGCUCUUUCGGAGGACCAGACUGGCGGUACCCCAUCCGAGAUGAAGCGUCUGCGGGAAGAACAUCCCAAUGAACCCUAUGUGACCCGUAACGGUCGUAUCCUCGGCCAACUGGAACCUAGCCGUUCCUUCGGCGACGCAACCUAUAAGUGGACCAAAGACAUCCAAGACAAGAUCAAAGCUAAAUUCUUUGGUCGCACGCCUUCCCCUCUUCUGAAAACUCCCCCUUACGUCACUGCAGAGCCCAUCAUUACGACUACGAAGAUGGACCCUUCCAAGGGCGACUUCAUCGUCAUGGCCACUGAUGGCCAAUGGCUCGAGCAACAACAGUCCGGCGGCGGCAACAAGGCUUGGCUGCAGAGCUGGUUCGGAUUCAACAGCAAAAAGCAGCUGCCCGUCGAGGCAGUAACAGAUGCAUCCGCCGAGGGCCAGCGUCGCCCGAUCCGCCAGCAACAGUAUGAUAUCUCUGGUGUGGCGGACCGGUUCGUUGUCGAGGAUAAGAAUGUGGCUACUCACCUCGUCCGCAAUGCCAUGGGAGGCAAGGACACGGACAUGAUGUGUGCUUUGCUCACCCUGCCGAGUCCUUACUCUCGCCGUUACCGUGACGAUGUCACCGUAGAGGUCAUCUUCUUCGGUCAAGGCACAGACUCGCGCGGCACCGUCGAAAUCAACAAAGAAGCUAGUGCCUCAGAGGAGCCUCCCAAGGCAAAGCUCUAA